AUGCAGCAGAUCCGCCAGCCGCAGCUACGCCAGCAGCAGCAGCAGCGACGGCAGCAACAGCAGCGGCAGCAGCAGCAGCAGCAGCAGCAGCAACAGCAACGACAACAGCAGCAGCAGCAGCAACAGCAGCAAGAGAAGGAGCAGAAAGAAAAUCUGCAGCUCCAGCAGCAACAGAAGCGCCUGAGGGAAGUUUUGGAGACCAAUGUGUCAGUGAAACCGCUGCAGCAACAGCGAGAGCAGCAGCUGCAGCAAGGGCAGCAGCAGCAGCAAGAGCAGCAGCAGCUUCACUGUUCUCGCUGCAGCAACAGCAGCAGCGACAGCAGCAGCGCUGGCAGCAACUGCAGCAGCAGAUCUGCGAGUAGCUGGACUACAAGAAAGACACUUGAAGGUAGCAGCAACAGCAGCAACACCAGCAACAGCAGCGUCAGCAGCAGCAGCAGCAACAGCAGCAACAGCAGCAACAGCAGCAACAGCAGCGUCAGCAGCAACAGCAACAAAAGCAGCGGCAGCAGCAGCAGCAACAGCGGCAGCAUAACUGCAUCGAGUCCCUGA